AUAAGCUCUACGCUCUCCGCUCAAUAUCAAGCAUCUGCGUGUGGUUAGACUUGCCCUCUUCGCGCCUAGCAGACAGUUCCAACUGUCUCCCUGGCGUUAGCCUGUCAAGCGAUAUGCGUCGCAGCAGCCAGACUCCUGGGAACGUCUCGACCUCAGCGGUUCAUCCUUUGCCAACCCAGCCAUCUAGCUUUUGGACGCGCAAAGAAGACCAAGCCGUUGUGCGAAAUCGUAGAGGAAAUGUGUUGACAAGGGGCUUGAUUCUCAAGACCGAUCACUUUGCUGGAACUCGGCCUGCGCAUCUUUCGAUCCACUUGCAAGGAGCACCGAAUUUUCGAAAAGCGAACGUCGAUCUAGGAGUGUAUGGAGUAGCCCAACCAAGCAUCACUGGCCUCAAGACCAUCCUCUCAGUAUUGGGCUGUCAACCGGAGGGUAGCACAGAUGGAGAAAAACUGUCAGCCGGGGAUACUCUCCAUCUUGUGCAGCUCUCUCCCUCUCCAGCCCCUUCUCCAAAUCCAUUGAAUUCUCCUUUCAAGGGUCUAUCAACAUCGUCUGCAGGAGAUGAUGGGGGAGUUGCUUCUGGAUUGUCGGUGCGUGAUAAGUGCGUGUGGGUAUGUACCAGAGAGGAGCCAGUCAUCUACAUCUGCGGGCGGCCUUUUGUUCUGCGCGAUGCAGACACCCCGACAAUGACGCUUGGCAUGUCGGAUCGUGCUUCUAAUUUGGAAGGCAUUGAAUCAAGACUCAAAGAUGAUAUUUUGAACGAGGCUUCAAAGCACAACAACCUGCUACUCGUGCACGAGGAAGAUCGCGGUGGCAAUGUGAUCCCAACCUGGAUCUGCGUCAGCUCUGAUGCUGUCAUGACGGUCAAGGAGGUAUAUAGAGCUAUCAUAAAAGCAGGCUGGAAAGUAGAGUACCAUAGAGUACCGAUCUCGGAGACCCAGGCCAUCGAGAACAACUACCUUGACGCCUAUGCGCAAAUCAUUAAGAGAGUCGACCCUCGGACAACUUCCAUCGUCGCCAAUUGCGGCGCUGGCUUCAACCGGACAACCUUUGCAAUGGUCGCAGCUCUCCUGAUCAGACGCAAGCAGCUCUUGCUUCUAGAUCGUCCAGAUCCAUUCCAAGAGGCCUCCUUCGUUCGAAGUACCUUGUUGACAGGAGCUUCGUCGGCAAAUUAUCCGGUGCCAACGACCGCAGUGGCUAAAUCCAUGGAAGCAGUCACCCAGCAACAAGCUCAGAGUCGCGCACUGCUCCGCCUGAUCAAAACACUAGGCGAAGCCUUCUCGCGCGAAGCGUCCCAAUCCGUUACCGAGCUCCUGCUAAUGGAUCCUGUCUUGACGGACAGCCUACGAGCAGCCGGCACCGGAGACUUUGGGAUCAUCCGCCAACUUUCUGGGCUCCUUGACGAAGGUCUAGAAAGCAAAGCAUUGGUCGACACGGCUGUUGACGCCUGUUCGCAGGUGACUAACUUGCGCGAGGCUAUCUUGAUCGAGCGUGUACAGUAUGCAGCUCAGUCAGGCCGGUUGGACCCGGAAGGGAAGACGAGCCGAUCUCAUCUUCAGAAAGCCUUGAGGGCACUGGAAAGGUAUUAUUUCCUCGUCGCCUUUGCGUCCUACGUAAACGCUAGCAAGACUGCAGUGUUUGAUCACCGCUUCGUUGUGUGGCUGAAGGCUCGAGGAGAGAUCUGGAACAGCAUUCUUCGAAUCCGCUCACAAACCAUGCAGCUCUACCUCUUCGAUCCCAUCUCUGAUCUCUCUUCCCUGAGCAAAGCUCUGACUGGUCAGUCUAUAACAAUCUCGAGCCUGCAAGAUCGGCCCGCUCAGGGCGAAAUUGGAGACGAAUUUGCGGAGCACAUCAUCCGCAACAGGGCGGGUAUUGUCCUUCGGCCCAUGACAUUAUUGAAGUGCGAUAUCUGGCGACGAUUCGCUGAGCUCAAUGCCGGCCUGGAGGUCCGAGGCACCGUCAACUUCCGCUGCAUCGAGGGAACAGAGAUCUAUGCGACGGGCCAACCAACUGACGAAGGGAUCAACAAUGUAAUCAUGAAUGUGACGGAGCGCGGCGGUAGAUCGGUCUCGCAAGUGACGUGGCUCAACCUCCGUGAAGAACCCUUAGUCUACAUCAACGGAAAACCUUACUGCCUGCGACCGAGCGGCAUGUCCUUGCGCAAUUCCAAAGCUUUCAGUGGGAUCUCUUGGACCAGGCUUCAGCUUCUCGAGGACCGUCUGAAGGGAGACAUUCUGGCCGAGCUUACAAAUGGUGACAACAGGGUUUUGCUGCACACCGAGACAGAAGAUGGCGCUGUCGUUCCGGUGUGGGAGGAGGUAGAGGCGCAAGACGUGCAGACUGUCUCGGAGGUAAUGGGCGGCAAAGCUCGUGAUCUUGCUUCCAGUGGCAUCAAACUUGAUUAUCGGAGAAUUCCCAUCACAGCAGAGAAGAUGCCAGACUCGAGCGAUAUGACCGACCUCUUGUCCGUUGUGCUGCAGGCUAAAGCGGAUAAUUCACCCAUCAUUCUUAACGACCAAUUGGGCCGAGGUCGUAGCACGCUCACAGCAAUCAUUGUUCUUUUGGUUUCGCAGUGGAUUGACGAUUCUGAUGCGACAGUCGAUGCGAGUCCAUCAGGAACAGGAGCAGCAGCCAAGGCGGAAGACCGAGCAACCUUGCAUUACCACAUCAUCAAUUCCGUCUUGCGCGUCUUGCCGAAAGGCUUGGAAGUCAAGAGACGAGUGGACCGUGCAAUCGAUGCAUGCUCCCAGAUCCUGAACUUGCGCGACUCGAUCGAAGAAGCUCGCCUGGCAGCAGAAGACUUGGACGACAAGGACGCCAGGGAUGCCAAGCUCUCAGGCGGGCUGCAAAACCUGCGUCGAUAUUUCGAGCUCAUGAUCUUCCAAGCCUACCUCAUGUCCACCGUACCAAGCAUUCCGGUCUCUUCGACUUUCGAGCGAUUUGUCACCAGGCAACCGGUGUUCAAGACUCUCGCUAAAGACUUUGAAAAUGAGCCAUUGACGACCAUUACGCCCCUUCAGAGCGGAGUCAAGGAGGGGUUGGCAUCCGAAAGCGAAGAGCAGGAGGUCAUCAGCAAUCGGAAUGGCUCCAUUCUCAGUCCUUUUACCAUGCUCAAGUCAGACUUCUUCCCUGGUAUCCUCAAGAAGAGCUUGCCCGUCCACAUCGACGGCAUGCCAAAUAUGCGCGGCGUUCCCAUGCAGCUGCUCGCUUCUGCAUCCUUAUCCUCAUCGAUCAAUCUGGAGUCGUUUAGCGCGCGCGAAGUCUGGGGUACCGGAAUGCCCACCCUUACAGGUCUGCGGCUUGGGUUGCAGAAGAUGGGCGCUGCGCCCGAUGGACCCUCCCGCGUAGUUUGGACAUCCUUGCGCGAGGAGCCGGUCCUAUACGUGAAGGGACGACCCCACGUCCUACGCCUUGCGGACCAACCUCUGACGAACGUCGAAGCUACUGGUAUUACAACUGAGGUUGUUGAACAAAUGGAGCGCGCCUUGAAAGCAGAUGUGAUCAAUGAAGCCCGUGCACGAGAGAACAGAGUUCUACUACAUGACGAGAUCGACCUCGCUGCUGGACGGUACGAGCUUGUGCCGGUCUGGGAGCACGUCGCGGAUGAAGAUGUGCUAACUCCGAGAGAGGUCUAUGAGACGGUAGUGCGCGAAGGCUACAAGGUGGACUACGCACGUCUAGCAGUCACAGAUGAGCAAGCGCCGCGAGCGACCGUUUUCUCCAUGCUAGAGAACCGCAUUCAUCUGGCCCUCCGCACCGGAUCUAUCCCCGUCUUUAAUUGCCAGAUGGGUCGAGGAAGGACCUCUGUUUCGAUGAUCAUCGCGUCGCUCGUGACGACCAUUUCCAUUGGGGCCGAAGAUCUCUUAUCUGGCUCUCUGGUCGCAUCGAUCACAAUCGACGCCAAUGGAGGCGACAUCGCCGACGAGUGGGACGAGCAGUAUUUGAUCAAGGGCGAAUACCGUAGUAUUCUACAGCUCGUUGGUGUGCUAACGCAUGGACAGCUGGCCAAAAAGCUGGCCGACAGGGCAAUAGACCUCAUGGAGGCUGUCCAAAAUCUGCGCAAGGCCGUCUAUGAUGCGAAGCUGCGCCUCAACACCGCAGAGGCGGGGACAAGCAAGUGGCGCUCGCUUCAUCGGGUCUAUGCGAACUAUCUGCAGCGUUACGGCUAUCUGAUCGCUUUUGCCGACUACCUCCUGGAAAAAUCUCAGCAUUUCAGCUCGGAUAGCACGAGCGAUGGAGCUGACAUCGAUGCGUCAACUGUCGGAUCCGAGGUGCUUGAUUCGCAAACCCCUUCUGAUUCACAAGUCCUUUCCGGCUUUCCUACGUUCGUCAAGUGGCUGCAGCUUCGUCCGGAGAUUGGCCGCAUACUCGAUAACGUUCAAGAUCUCCAAUAAGUGGCAUCUUGCGGCCAGACGUUCGUGCAGAUGAGUUGCGCCUAAAACCAGCUCUCAAAGGGGAGUGCAAGCGGUCAGGCAGGGAGACUGCUUGACGAGAGUAUGGGCGUUCACUGCCUCUUGCAUCGCUGCGAGACGACUAUUAUGCUACAUAGAUGACCCUCGGUCCUCACUCCUCAUCGAGCUCUGCAUCGUUAUCUCCCCCUUCAUCCCCCUUAUCGUGCGCUGCCUCAAAAGUUGCGGGGGACGCCUCGGACAUCUCUUUCCAGGCGUCUUCGAUACGAGCUGCGGCUCGCAGCCCAACUACAGCCUUGGCAUCUCUGACAGCCGUGUCGAGAGCGUUCAUAGCCUUCUGUACAUCCUGCCUAUCCCGCAAUAGAUGCUGCAGCCACGUG